UAUCACAGAGAAGUACACACACACACACACACACACACAUCCACACCCUUUUCCUGCCCAGCAGUCAGACCGCUUGGCUCUGUUGAUUCAGCUCUAGUAUUGGACUAUUUAGGAGGAGGAUGACCGUGGACAGAUACUCUCUGGUUUUGGUGGUCCUGAUUUUACCGUGGACUUUUGACAAAGGAGAUGCUGAGGUGUGUACUUUCAUGGAGACCUGUAUUUUACCGUGUACCUACGCUCAGGGGGAUCAAGUCGUAAUCCACUGGAUUCAGGGGGAUAAAACUGCCGUCCACUCCUACUAUCGUGACAGGGACCAGCUGGAACGCCAGAACCCGUCCUUCAGAGGCAGGACGGGGCUGUUCAAGGACCAGAUCUCUAAAGGAAACGCCUCGCUGAAGCUGACGGCGGUGACGCCAGGAGAUCAGGGGAGAUACAAGUGCUACGUCAGCACCAUCACCGGCAACAAGGAGUUCAUUGUUGAACUCAUUGUUUCAGCUCCGCCCCGUGAAGUCAUCCUUCAGCAGGAAGAGAACAGGAUCAGCUGCAGCUCAGAGGGGAUCUACCCAGAGCCCAAGCUCAACUGGACCUCCAGUCCUCCAACCGCUCUACAACCAGACACUCCGACAGUCCUGCAGACCGAGCAGAAGCUCUUCAGCAUCAAGAGCUCUCUGCUGGUUCCAGACGGUGGGAGAGAUUUUGACUACAGCUGCACCGUCACCGCUGGCAGGAGCAAAAAUAGGGCAACUUUAUACAGACCAGAUUCUCUCCCCUCGUCGGGCUCUGAAGUCACGAUCCCCUGCACGUCCUCAAACAUCCUCCAACAAAGCGUCAUAUGGAGAUUUAACCACACUCAAAACAUCCUGACCUGGACGGAUGCCUCCUCAAAGGUUUCAGAGGAGUGGACUAAGUAUGUGAAGAAUGUGUCAGAGUCUGGAAGCCUCAUGCUACAAGCCUUAACUCCGAACCAGGAGGGGACUUACACGUGUGAACUGAGAACAGCUGAGGAGAUUCAUAUAAAGAGUACAGUGUUAACAGUGGAGGAAAGUCCAGGCUCUUCUACAGCAGGCAUCGCAGUCGGGGUUAUUGCAGCCAUUUUGAUUGUGGUUGUAGCUGUGGGUGUGGGUGUAUACUACUUUGUGUUCAGAAAAGGAAUCUGUAAAAAGGAAACGAGAUCAAGUGAAGAGGAGAAAGAUACAAAAGAAAUGCAAUUUUUAAAUUCCAACGGUAACGGAAGUGCAGUAAAUUUCAAAGUGGAACCAUGAGAGACUCCAGUUCUACAACAGACUGAGAGAAGAAUGGUCAGGAGGGGGAGCAAGUCAAGAACCGAGGAGGAGACGGAUGAUUACAGGCGAGGGAUCAAACAUGAGGAUGUACGAACGAGCUGCGAUCACAUGACCGGACAGUUGGUCGUCUUUCUGCCAGGAAGACAGUUUGAGUCACACUAAGAUUCAGAGUCUAUGUACGACUCUUCAGAGUCACUAAUUUAUUUAUUUUGAUGGCCGAAAGAAUCAAACAUGCUGUCCCUCCUCUACCUCAUGUGCUCUCUUAUAAACACUACGUUUAACUGGAGGUUUGCCGACAACAAACACAAGUUGAAUCACUGGAUGAAGAGCUGAACUCUCAGGAUGGAGCACAAAGCUUGAGUUAUAACAGGUUGGAGUUUAUCUACACAGUCUACAGUGGGAGAAGCUCCACCUGCUGAAGACUAGUUGUGACGUUUUUUUAAAGGCUGCAUACCCUGUCAUAGUUUGAAGCAGGUGUUUGAUGUUUGAAGAUGUGAUCAAAUUAAAUUAAAGGAGGGGCAUGGAUGCAAAAGUUUGUUAUGAAUCCUUAAAGCACUAUCAUCAUGUCCUCACCAUUAUUCUCCAUGUGCUCCAAAUUCUGCUGUUUCGUUUUAAUCCUCGUCAUCGUCGGAGUAGGAACAAAGACUUUGGACCCAGGGUCUAAAUUUAGUUCAGGGGUUGAUAAUCUCCCCCCUUAAACGCGCCUGCUAGGGGGGUAGUACUUUCAAAGGUCCCGGGACUUUCGGGGGGCGGGGCAUGCAAUGCUGAAUGCUGAUUGGUAGAUUAACGCAGUGUUUUUAUUCCUCCCUCCGUCCACAAUAACAUCACACACAUCUGUGAUUCUCUUGAUUUCUCUUUCUUUCAUUAGUUUUUAUUUGUUCUAUCUUUUUUGUAUGUGUGUGUACUUUUCAAAAGAAGAAGCUGUGAUUCUCUUGAUUUAGCAGCUUGUAACAGUAGUCUUCUCUCAGCCCACCGUGAAUGCGUCUCUCCUCCCGGUGUUCCGGUUUUAAAAGUGACCCUGUAAACUGGAGACCUUCAGCUGAACGUGUCAGUGUUUGUGGAGUUUACACAGCUGUUGAAACACAGAGGGAGUUCCUGGGAAUGCAAACUACUUUAGUUUUUAUUAAGAUUUCAAAAUAUCCUCAUCAGAUAUUUAAUGAUCGUCUAAAGAUGUUUAUGAUGGAUGCAUCCUAUGGUGUCAUCUGUGAUGAAUGGCAUUCCUCUUUGUUUUACUGCCCUCUACUGGUCUGGUGGUGUAGUGCAUUUACUUUUUAUUUCCUCCAUACGUCACUGGCCUGAUUUACACAAUCUACCCGAGACUUCAGCCUGUGGUCGAAACACAGACAACAAUGGGGGACCAGGAACCUUUUAGUUCAGGGGAAAGUAGUUCUGGGGGCUAAAAGACCCCUGGAACUCUUGGUUGAAAUGCACCUUAUGUCACAAAGGGGUGAAGAGGUAGUUAAGGCUUUUGCACACUGAGUCUGCCUGUGUUUAAUUCUCUUCAUUAUGAAAAUUUGCAGCAUGUGACAAAGUGGAACAGCGAGGAGGACUUAGUGGUUCUGAAAACGAAACAAGAGCCCGGAGAGUUUCACCUGCAGGUGGAGGAGCUGCACAAUUAUCCAAAUCCUGUAUAUACAACUGGAUCUGCAGACAAUCUGACAAGAUCAUGGUCACUGGUUGUCCAUAUUUCCUCAAGCAGAAACCACUCACAGCACCCUCUGAACAUUUCGUUGCGGCGCUGUUGCUCACUCGUAUUAUGAAGACAAUGAAUGUAGUUGUAUUUCUAGAGAGCUGAAGAUCAAGUACCCGGAGCAUUAGAGACACACCAGCUGAGUAAAGAUGUGUUCACUUUGUUCUGAAAUCAAAGUAUGAAGGAUUUAAUCGUCCGUUGUAAAUCAAAGACGACUUCUUUGUUGUGUGGAACUGUAAUCACGUAAAACUGGAUCUAUGUGUUUCUUUUUCUUUUUUACUUGAAAAUGUUGUUUAGUCUUUUUUUUAUGCUAAUUUCCUUUAUGUAUUCAAAUUGAUCAAAUCAUGAAGAGAGCUUUGAUACUGCCUUUAUUUUUCUACCCUUAAUGAUAAUAAAUGAAAAUCCUCA